AACAGCUCCAUCUCCCCACCAAAUUGCUACCAAAACGACCACCAUAUCAAACCCCUACCCAGAGAUGCCAUAGAAUCAUCCUCCACAGCAACAAACUCACAACCCCACGCUCUCCGACAACCCAACCUCCGCAACAUCACCAUGGCGCACCCAACAACAACCACCCAACUCCCCCAACACGUAACCUCCCUCCUCUCGCACCUCACCUCCCGCCCCGGCGUCCAAUCCACCUUCAUCCUCUCCCGCAAAGACGGCUCCAUCAUCCAAAGCACCGGUCUCUACGCCGCCAAACCGCCCCGUGCCAGCCCCCAACCCCCCGCCUCCACCGACGAGACCUCCUCCUUCCAAUCACCCUCCUCCCCCGAACCGCCUAAGAAACAAGACGAACCAUACCACCCCUCGCAAGCGGAAGCCCUCGCCGCGCAUAUCUUCGCGUUCGUGUCUAGCGCGUCAGAGCUGAGUCUGUCGCUGUCGAGCGCGGAGGACGGGGAGGUGCCGAGACAGGAUGGGAUUUCUGCAGAGGGGGAUGGAGUGCCGGAUAGGGAGGAGGGAGACGAUGAGGUUAAGUUGUUGAGGUUGAGGACCAAGAGGCAUGAGAUUGUGGUCGUGCCGGAUCGGAAGUAUUUGCUUUGUGUGGUGCAUGAUGCGGCGCAUGGGGUGGGGGGUGGUAGUGGUGGUGGUGGUGGUGGGAGGGGGCGAUGA